UCGCAUCACAGGCCGUCAAAAAUCACUACAAUCACACUAAAAAUCUUCUGCCAAAACAUACACGUCAAUCAAAUAAAUUUUCACAAAAAAUGAAAGCUUCGUGUAUUCUAUUAACGAUAAUAAUAUUAAUUGCGAUCAUGGCGGUUUGCGUCAUGGUGAAAUUCGCGACAGACAUCACCGUCGAGGAGAGGAAGAGAGACUAUUUCCCCGAAGCGAAUGCGUACCAAGUUGUUAAAUCUAUUUCCAUCGCUCUGAAUGAGAACAGGAAUCUUCCUAUCGCUGAGAGAUUUCCAUACGUCGCUGCAAUUUUAAGGAAUUCGUCAAAAUCAUGGGCGUUUUCUUGUUUCGCGAGUGUGGUUUUAGUCAAAUGGAUUGUAACUUCAGCGCAUUGCAGGCGUAAGGGUGCCACACAUCGCGUACUGUUACUAAACGAUUUUGCUCACAAUUUAACCAGAUCAUUCCCAAUAUUAUUUUGGAGGAUACACGAAAAAUUCCAUAUAAAUAGUACAGCACCGUUUUACGAUAUAGCUGUAGCGAAAUUUAAUGUCGAUAACUACCCUCUCACAAUCAAACCUUCAACGUUUGAUGAGAGAUCUGUGUCAAGCUGCGAGGCAGCCAUCUGGAAGACUGUAUCAACUAUGGACAGAGUUUUUUACUUAAUAAAUGAUUUUGAUAAAAUACAAGUUAAAAAAACAUCACCAAGUCGAUGUUACGAAAGCUAUGGAAUAAAUUUUGACGAUAGCCUUAUUUGUAUUGAUCUUACGAAUUAUGACGAUUGUUUCAUACAUGAGUUUGGUCCAAUAUUUAAUGAGGAUAAGCUGGUGGGUGUUUUAGCGGUGAAGCCAAGGGACUGUGAUGUUAAAUACGCGGUAUUCACCAAUGUCUCCCACUACACUACCUGGAUCUUGAAGCUGACACAUACUAUGUCGUACGGAUGAGUUUUAAAUUAUAUAUGAAUGCUAUUAUAUUUA